AGUUUUACAUGACAAUGAUUGGUCAUAACCUUAGUUUCUCUAUACUUUCAUUCAACUAUGUAAAUGUUUAAAAGAAACAACUUCCUUCGCAAUUUAUAUUGUAAAUUGUUACGCUUAUUCCCUUAUGGAUUGCUGAUGACAACCAAGUGGCUAAGAAAGAAACGGACGAAUUGAUUGAAAAUAGAGUACCUAUUGUUCAAACUUCUACUAUGUUUCUUCAAAAAUUGUUAAACCUCAAAAAUCCUCCAAGCAAAUUGUCCUUUUGCACGUUUGCCUACUUACGGAGGAAUAAUGAAGAAUUAGCAGCACAUGUUUUUGAUCAAAAUGCAAAACGAUUGCAACGAGAGCGAGCAGUGUCUGCUUCGGAUGUGAAACUGUAUGAUUAUUUGAAGAGUGAAAUUGGUUAUAGGCUGUCAGAUCGAAUUUUCGACAUUAAAAGGAAAUUUACAUUAGCCGCUGAUUUGGGUACCAGUAGAGGUUACGUAGCCAAACACGUCUCCCCAUCUUCUGUUGAAGAAUUAAUUUUAUGUGAUAGCAAUGCACAACACUUGAAGGAUAUUGAGGUACAAGAUGGCAUUAAAAUUCGUAAACAAAUUAUAAAUGAAGAAAGGAUCGAAUUUGAACCAGAUUCGUUAGAUCUUGUCAUUUCAAGUCUAACAUUACAUUGGAUUAAUGAUUUGCCAGGCGCUUUUAAAAGAAUAUUACAUGGACUUAAACAAGAUGGUGUGCUCAUUGCGGCAGUAUUCGGUGGUGAUACACUGUAUGAAUUACGCUCAUCUUUACAAUUAGCUGAACUAGAACGACGUGGUGGAAUAUCUCCACAUAUUUCACCUUUUACACAUGUGCGCGACAUUGGAGGUUUGCUAAAUACCGCAGGAUUUACUAUGUUGACUAUUGACACAGAUGAAAUUAUAAUCUCCUAUCCAUCAAUGUUCGAAUUAAUGUGGGAUUUAAAAGGGAUGGGAGAAAACAAUGCAGCAAUCAGUCGAGAAUUACAUUUAAGUAGAGACACUCAAUUCGCUGCUGCGGCCAUUUAUCAGGAAUUGUAUGGAAAGUUUGAUGAGCAAAAAGGAAGUUACACUAUACCAGCUACGUUUCAAGUGAUCAACAUGCUUGGAUGGAAGCCUCAUCCUAAACAACCGAAACCCAAAGAAAGGGGAAGCGGACAAAUUUCCCUAAAAGAUUUACAUCGUUUAGAUGAGAUUAUUAAGGAGGCUAAGAAAAUUGGCAGUGAUGAUGAACGAAAUUAGUUACAUGUUAAUUCACUGUUUGUGCUGUUUGUAUAAGUUCUAAACCAAAAAUAAAAGUAAUUUUGAACAUGC